GAUUUAAAUUUGGUUUGCCGGUGCGCGUAUCAAUAGUGGACGCGGAGCCGUCGCCGCGGAUUUUAGGGUUAUUGUGGAGUUUAUUUCUCAGUGACAUUUAAGCCCUUUGCAUGGCGAGUAUGUCCGAGCAAAAGCAGCACAAGAUGACAGGGGAAACGAGUGCGAACGAGCCGAUUGAGUUUGAAAGCGCCGUGCCAAAAAUCAGGCAGGAAUUGUUAAGAUGGAACGGCUGGGGCUAUAAAGAUUCUGGAUUUUGUGUCAAUGACAAGAACGUGAUAGAGUUUACCGGUGACAGAUAUCCCAUUGGAAACCGAGAGCUUCCAUAUUUCACAAAGUGGUGCGAAAAAACUUUCGACGUAACAUGGGAGUUGAAGAACUCGUGUCAAAAUUUACCGAAGCAUUUUCCAGAACCAAUUUUAUCCGCAGAAUUAUUGGAAGCGAUCAAGGAACUGGCGAUCGAUUACUCGACCGAUGGUGUCGAUCGUUUGUUUCGAGCACACGGUCAUACAUUGCGAGAAAUUUAUCUUUUGAAAUAUGGCUCUUUUCAAAGGAUACCGGAUAUUGUCCUCUGGCCUAAAUGUCACGAGGAUGUCGUAAAGAUUGUCAAUAUGUGCGCACGCUACGGAACUGUCUGCAUACCUUUUGGUGGUGGAACUAGUGUCAGCCGCGCGGCAUGUUGUCCCCCGGAUGAACGCCGAACGAUAAUUUCAUUAGACACGUCGCAAAUGAAUCGGAUAUUGUGGAUAGAUAGGGACAAUUUGUUGAUAUGCUGCGAAUCAGGCAUCAUUGGCCAGGAUCUGGAGCGGAUGCUUCGCCCCCAAGGAUUCACGUGUGGCCAUGAGCCCGAUUCUUACGAGUUCUCCAGUUUAGGUGGAUGGGUGGCGACUAGAGCAAGCGGCAUGAAGAAGAACACGUACGGCAACAUCGAAGAUUUAGUCGUGCGGAUGCGAAUGGUCACCGGAAGAACGGAGGAUCCUGUUAUCACUUUGGAAAGAGGUAGUUUGGUACCUCGCGCGUCCUGCGGUCCGGAUUUCGAUCAUGUGAUUCUCGGCAGCGAGGGAACGCUGGGUGUCAUCACCGAUAUUGUGUUGAAGAUACGACCGUUGCCUCGAAUUGUGAAAUACGGCAGUAUUGUGUUCCCGCAUUUUCUGAGCGGCGUUCGUGCAUUACGAGAGAUUGCAAAGGAAAGAUGUCAACCCGCCAGUAUACGCUUAAUGGACAAUGAGCAGUUCCAAAUGGGUCAAACUCUACGUCCGGAAUCUAGUUGGGGCGGCUUGAUUCUACAAGGAUUGAAACAUAUCUACGUUACGAGAAUAAAGGGUUUCCAAUGGGAUCAGAUAUGCGUGGCCACGCUAUUAAUGGAAGGUGACGUGGCGGCGGAUGUCGCGACUCAGGAACGGAAAAUUUAUAAGAUAGCUGAUAAAUACGGCGGCAUACCAGCGGGCGAGGCGAAUGGCGAACGUGGUUACAUGUUGACGUUCGUGAUAGCUUACAUCCGUGAUCUUGGACUCGAAUUUAACGUAUUAGCGGAAUCAUUCGAAACUUCUGUUCCUUGGAAUCGUGCAUUAUCACUGUGCAGAAAUGUAAAGUCUCGCGUAGCUAGAGACUGUAAGGCGCGCGGUAUUCGUAAAUAUUUUAUUUCCUGCCGUGUCACACAGACUUAUGACGAGGGUUGUUGCGUGUACUUUUAUUUGGCGAUCAGUUACGCGGGCAUAGAGAAUCCUGUAGAGACUUACGAGGCCAUCGAACACACGGCGCGAGAAGAGAUACUUGCCAAUGGUGGAUCACUCUCCCAUCAUCACGGAGUGGGCAAGAUACGAGCAUCGUUUUAUCCCGAAGCCGUUGGGGAGGCGGGUGUUUCCCUUUAUCGAGCGACCAAGGCGCAUCUGGAUCCGCAUAAUAUAUUUGCAACGGGUAAUAUGAUUUCAGAAUAUAAAUCAAAAUUGUAAAUGAAAUUGUGUCAUGUGGGGUGUCAUGCAUUUGAAGUUGGGUAUGCAAUAACAUCUGGGAGUUUAUGCGACUGUUCCAUACCUCGUUAUUGCCGAUGAAUUAUUGAGAAAUUUAGUUAUAACCGAUUGAUGCGAUUUCGUAUACUUUCGACUGAAAGUCACAAUAUUUCAUCAACUGUCAUUUAAAUUUUAGAUUAUUUCAUAUGAUGUUUUAUAAUGAAGAAUUCAAUUUUUCCGGGACAUGCACAUAGAUAGCGAAUACAAGGCAACUGGUAUUGUUGUGUUUAACUCAUUAUGAAACGUUUCUGAUGCGAUAUAGAAUAAGAGGGACUAGUAUACAUUAUAAAUAAUUAUGCACCGUGACGUCGUUUGGUACAAAUGGAAUUGUAAUUAUAUCGGCAUUUUUAUAAAUUAUUAUAUCUAAACAAAACACA